UAUGUAUCCUAACGAAAUGGAUGAAGAAGGAAGUAAGUCCCCCAAAUCAAAAAGGAAAUGCGACCUUCCUAAGAAGCAUGAGGUCAUCUCGGCGUUAGGGGUUGGAGGACGAUGGAUAACAUCACAAAGAGAUCUACAGCUUGAUCCACCAGACUCUAGGCUUCUGCAGUUGAAGGGUGCAAGCGUUUGUUUCCUCAAUGAAGCCACCUGGACCCUGUCUUCACACAAACUUGGAAAGUACUUGCACAUUCUUAAAGACAUCAUGGCCAAGCUACAGCACGGACUACUAAGGUAAGAAAUGAUCUUCAGAGAUUGAUUUUAUCAUUCAAAACUGCUCCUGGGCCCCGUCUUACAAAGAGUUACGAUUGAUCCAAUCAACUUCAACUACAUGGAAAUCCAUCAAUGUCAUAAUUUUUCAACAGGAAUUAUUUGGCACAUUGUACUUUGUGAACGAAGAGAAGCACACUGGAUUGUCAAGAAAACAAUGAAUGUAUAAGUGUACUACAUCAUAUCUAGAAAAUUAUUUGAAUGAACAUGCAUAGUAGAUGUUGACAUUGCUGGCUUUCCAUAGUUGUGGUUGAUCGGAUCAGUCUCAACUCUUUGUAUGUAAGACGGGGCCUUGGGCUAUUCAUUGGGUUGAGAGUUCAGGGGGUCUUUUUAGCUAUUUUUGCAUCUGAUUUUUCAGCUUGAUUUCAGUUUAUUUUACUUUUCCUCUAUCCAAAAGUAUAGCAGGUUUUUUUUUUUCAAUUUAAACAUUUUUUAUUUUUUUAUUUUUUAUUUAUGAUCACUCACUCACCUCCUUGCAUAAAAUAUGAAAGUCCAACCCCAUAUACAAGUGAGACCUUUCAUCAAAUAACUUGUCUCUGUUUUGUAGCUUUUGUGAUAAUUUAUAAGGAUCACAAAUUAUCAUAUCAUAAUAAUAGCUGAAGGGCUGGAGGUACACAAAUAAUUCAAUAGAUUAUUAU